AUGCAGGAGGGUCUCUGCGUUCUCGUCCCCUGCACCUUCACGUACCCAGCCUCGUACGACACCGAAAAUCCCUCGGCCCAGCUCCAUGGAAAGUGGUACAAGGAGCCUGCUACUGGGGGCCAGGAUACUCCCGUGGCCAGCAGUGUCACCAGCCUGGGAGUGUCGCAGGAGACCCAGGGCCGGUUCCAGCUGGCGGGGGAUCCAGCCCACGGUGACUGCUCCCUGCAAAUCAGUGAUGCCCGAAAGACGGAUGCCGGGAGAUAUUUCUUUAGCAUCGAGAAAGGCCUGUUAGAUCACACUUACCGCUCCAAUUCCGAUGGCACUGACCCUGCGCUCACGAUCUCUGUGCAAGGGCUGACGGAGGAGCCAGAGAUCCACAUCUCGCCAGCGCGGGGGCUGCCAGGGACGCUGCUGGCCGGGGAGCCGGUGACAGUGACCUGCACAGGCCCCGGGCGCUGCUCCGGGCCCCCUCCCCGAGUCACCUGGACGGGGCCGUUCAGCUACACAGCCCGGAACGCCUCAGCCCAGCUGGCGAAUGGCACCUCGGCCCACAGCUCCACGCUCAGCUUCAUGCCCGGCCUGGGGGACCACGGCAAAGAGCUCGUCUGCAGCGUCACCUACAGGCCACCACAGGGACCUUCCACCCGCAGAACCGUCCAGCUCCACGUCGGCUGGUCCCUGUCCCAGCUGCCCGGAUUUACCCUGACGGUGCCACAGUUGGUGUCGGUGCAGGAGGGUCUCUGCGUUCUCGUUCCCUGCACCUUCACGUACCCAGCCUCGUACGACACCGACAAUCCCUCGGCCCAGCUCUACGGAGCCUGGUACAAGGAGCCCGCUACUGUGGGCCAGGAUCAUCCCGUGGCCAGCAGUGUCUCCAGCCUUGUCAUGUCGCAGGAGACCCAGGGCCGGUUCUGGCUGUCGGGGGAUCCAGCGCACGGCGACUGCUCCCUGCAAAUCAGUGAUGCCCGACGGACGGAUGCGGGGAGAUAUUUCUUUUACGUCGAGAAAGGCCUGUUAGAACACACUUACCGCUCCAAUUUCGAUGGCGCUGACCCUGCACUCACGAUCUCUGUUCCAGGGCUGACGGAGGAGCCAGAUAUCCAGAUCUCGCUGGCGCGGGGGCUGCCAGGGACGCUGUUGGACGGGGAAUCGGUGACUGUGACCUGCACGGCCCCUGGGCGCUGCUCCAGGCCCCCUCCCCGAGUCACCUGGACGGGGCCGUUCAGCAACACAGCCCGGGACGUCUCAGCCCAACUGGCGAACGGCAUCUGGGCCCACAGCUCCGCGCUCAGCUUCACGCCCGGCCCGGGGGACCACGGCAAAGAGCUCGUCUGCACCGUCAUGUACAGGCCACCACGGGGACCUUCCACCAACAGAACCGUCCGGCUCCACGUCGAGAACCCGACCGGUCUCCCCAACAUCUCUGGGACCCUGACCAGGAACGGACGCCCCGGUGAGAGGCUGCGCUGCGAGCCCCAGGAAUCAGAGAGUGCCUCCUACUCACGCUCUGCCCCCGCUCAGGGCCAGGUGCCAGGCUCAGCCGGGCCAGGCUGGUCAUUGUGGGGGGUAGCCAGCCAUGUUCCCUCUGUCUCCAGACCACGGGGUGGCAUUAAUGGGGAGCUGGACAGUGGGGAUGAGAUGGAUCAGGGACCGAUCUCUGCAACAGAGUCCUGCUGCCAUGGAAAGUCACCAGCAUUGUGCACCCACCCCAGAGCUGCUACGUCUCCACACUGAGCGAGGGCUCCUCAUGUAAACAGCCCCCGUUUCCCACCCCAGAGGCAGGGCUGGCUCCAGGCACCAGCUCAGCAAGCAAGUGCUUGGGGUGACACUUAGGGCUCUUCGGCGGCAAUUUGGCGGUGGGUCCCUUGGUCCCUCUUGGAGGGAAGGAUGUGCUGCCGAAGGAGAAAGUGGCGCGGUAGACCUACUGCCGAUCGCGAUUGGGGCUUUUUUUUUUUCCUGGCACUUGGGGUGGCAAAACCCUGGAACCGGCCCUGCUCAAAGGUGGCUGAAUCUCGGUUCCUUAGCAGAGGAUCUCUGGGGGGCCUAACCUGCCUGCUCGUAUCCUCCAGUGCCAGAUGCUUGGGGAGCUGAGGGCGUUGUUCUGUCUCUGGAGACCAAUGUCGAAGAAAAACUCAGUUCUCGCUUUUUGUUUGGG